GUCAAAACAGGAACAAAAUGGCUGCAACUGGAGACGACGCCAGUGCCAUGGACAGCAUCUCCAGGACACCAGCGGUCCAUUCAGCGACUCCGAACCCGGCUGCAGGCACCAGCAGUCACGCAGAGGGCCCGGAGGUUGCAGCGGACAGCCCGGCGGCCGCUCCCAAAAAGCCCCACACCAACAGUGAUGGCGGUGUGGAGACAGCAGAGGAGGCUGUGGAGCCUGCAGAGCCCGAUAUCAACGAGCUGUGCACGGAUAUGUUUGAAAAGAUGGCCAUCUUCCUGCAAGGAGAACUCACAGCCACCUGUGAGGAUUACCGUCUGUUGGAGAACAUGAACAAGCUAACCAGUCUGAAGUACAUGGAAAUGAAGGACAUUAGCAUCAAUAUCAGCCGAAACCUGCAGGACCUCAACAACAAGUAUGCUAGCCUACAGCCCUACUUGGACCAAAUAAAUCAGAUAGAGGAGCAAGUGUCUGCACUUGAACAAGCAGCUUACAAACUGGACGCAUACUCCAAGAAGCUGGAGGCCAGAUUCAAAAAACUGGAGAAGCGAUGAGGGGAGAAGAAGAGGCAGACGGAAAGUUAUGGAGCCUUCUCACCUUCUUUCACCCUGCCUUGGUCUUUCCAUGCCAGCGGAACCAGGAGCUGUGGGCAGGAUGUGAGACUGAGACUGAAACAACAAACAGACGGAGCCACUCUGACACCUAGAAUCUACCAAGAAGGAAGCAGCUGAAGGCACAUGAAUAAUUUCUGCAGUGCUUGGCUUAGAUUUAACUCCAGUAUCAUUGUUUUUGGCAGCUGUCCUGCAGCCAAGAUUAUACCGUGUAUAUCCAUGUUUUUUUGCAGAUACACUUUAUGCUAAAGAAAUCUGCCUAACGACCAGUGUAUCCCAAUUGAUUGGUGGAAUCACAAUGUACUAAUCUAAUGCUAAACUAAGACUGGCAGGUACUUGUACCAGUGGAGAAUAUAAAGUCACUUAUGUCAUGUUUAGAUAGGCUAAUUAAUGUUAGGCAUGUUCAUAAAUUUGAUUUUAAUAAUGUGCCAGCCCCCUUACUCCGAUCACUCAAGGCAGCCAAUCUCCUGAGCAGAAGACUUUGUCUUGGUAAUAAUAUCCUGAAAUCUACAUUGGGAGGUUACAUCCUGUAUUGUUACAGAUUUACUUGCCUGGGCAGUGUGAACAGAACCACAUUCUGUUAGAGUUAUUGAGAGUUUAUUAGCUACUGUGUAGAGAGCAACUGAAAAAUCACACUAGCUUUAAUGUAAUUUAAAAAGACAUUUGAUAUGAGUGAACUAUUGUUUUAUGUGUAUUUAGAGAUACUGACACUGAAAACUGGAUCCUUUUUAAAUAAAUAAAAUGUGCACAA